AUGGAAGCGGAGAUGGUUCUGCAAGAAGCAGGCAUUGAGCUUUCCCCUGCCAAGGCCAGGACGACCGCAUGCGCUACGGCCUUGGCGGCGGUGUACGGCCCAGACGUGGCAAACGGACAAGAGGAGGACGUUGUGGAGCUGAGCGUACGUGGGACAGAAAUGAUGACUCUGCGCUCCACCCUGAGGAUUUGCCCUAGCUCGGCCCUUGCCGCUCGGUUUGACGAGGACAAAUGGCCGGCUGCGAAGAAAGAUGUCGAUAGCAAUGGGCGUCGUGUGAUCGACUGUAAGCCGUCUGUCUUCUCGAAGGUACUCGACGUACUCCGCAUGGCAAAGCGUGUGCGGUGGGCUGAUGACGAAAAACUCGAGGGAAUGAACGAGACACCUCGCGUCACCAUCAAGGCCGGUGACCGUUUUGCGUUUGAAGAAUUUGUGGACAUGUACUUCAAGGGCUGCGAAAGCUUCAUCAUGGAGCACGUCAGUCUUCUUGGCGACGAGACGGCCACUCGCUGA